GGAAGGGGCGACGACGAUGUCGUCGGGGAGGGGGACGACGACGAGGCAUUGCUGAACAGGCUGCGUCAGCGGAAUACGCGAGAAGGAAUGGAGGCGGUGGCGAAGCUAUGGGUGGAUGACCUCCGCUUCUGGAACGAAAGGGAGGGAUUUGCCAUCGUGAAGUUGAUCGUGGAGGCGCGCGGGUAUCUUGUGGUGGUGGUGCGGGGAGAGCAGCCUCCGCCCAUUCGUCGCAGCAUCGUCUUUCCUCACAACAACAUCCCGCAGCAGAAGAUCCCGGACGAGUCGGAGUUCAACGUUGCGAAGGAGAGGGUGGUGAAGGUGCAGGGGAUCGCUUUGCGGGUGAUACACGGGUGGGUCUUCAAGUCUCAGAACAAGCAACGGGGGUACCACGCGGCGUACCAGUACGCAUUGAACCACGUGGCCACCGACAUCGCUCGCGCUAUGUGGAUGGGGGAGGACUGGCGUAAUUGUGUGAGCCCCAUGGUCGUCCUCUACACGCUCGACAUGGAUAUGAAGCUGCCAUUGUGGUUCGUGGGCGCCGACGUCGAAGACAGGCACGAGGACGACGGCUUGGCGGCUUAUCAGGAGUCGAGCAUCCAGCGACUGGUGGGGGCUUUCACGAGCGCCGUGAUCAUUGCGGAGGCGACGGACGGCGGUCGGGUAUCGCACGAAAGGUUGAAGACCAUGGCCGACGCGAUGUGGAUGAUGCUCACGGCAACCAUGUGGCUCGUGCGGAUGGCGGGUGACGAUCAUCGCGCGCAUUAGGAAGCCUGGGUUUUUGUCCAACUCACGGCGAAGCCGACCCUCGUCGCAUCCAUGCAUCGCUGCUUCGACGCGCGUCGGCACAUC